GACCCAGAUGGCAAUGGUCUUCACAGAACUCAGUUCCUAUAAACCUGCGGAAGGGGUUUUUUGGUGUAAGGCCCCAGGAUCCCUCCAGACCCUUGUAUCUUCCUGGGCUACCCCUGUUACAUCCCUAUCCACCCCAUGCUGGGGCCAAAUCCUAUUCAAAGGGAUACCUGGAUGGCAAGUCAAAGUACUCUGCCAUUUAGGACAAUUCCGGGAUGAUCCCAGAUGGCAGCUUACGUAACUGCCAUUCGGGAUGAUUCACAGAUGAUCUCAAUUGACAGGUCGUUAAGGAUUUGCUAUUUAGGAUCAUUCACUGAUGGUCUCAAGUGGCAGGGACUAUCUCAAAAGGAAAAACCUGUUAGCUCAGUCUGCCAUCUCAGAGCAUUUGUCAAUGCUCUGAGAUGGCAACCCCCUGCUUUUGAUCGAAGGAAACCCCGUAGCAUGCACCCCAUGCUUGUGAGGGUGAGAAACCCCAAUUAAGCACGUGCUUUUGAUCGAAGGUAACCCCGUAUUAGCAUCAUUCACUGAUGGUCCCACGUGGCAGGGACUAUUGGAAAAACCUGGUAGCUCAGUCUGCCAUCUCAGAGCAUUGACAAAUACUCCCAAGUGGCAACCCCCUGCUUUUGAUCGAAGGAAACCCCGUAGCAUGCACCCCAUGCUUGUGAGGGUGGUAAACCCCAAUUAAGCACCUGCUUUUGAUUGAAGGAAACCCCGUAGCGUGCACCCCAUGCUUUUGAGGGUGGGAAACCCCAAUUAAGCACCUGGGUGCUUAAGUGGCGCAACACCGGAGCAUUCAGCACAUGGUCUUCAACACUGAGACACGGUAAGUUGUUUUCUGCUUCUAAAUGGGAGGGAGUGUGUUUUAAUGGCUUAAUAGAGUUAAAAUGUGUUUAUUUGUGAAGACAUUUAAGGGCAAUUUUGCCUGCCUGAUUCUAAAUAGCAUUUAGUGGCUGCCAUUGCAGUCCACUCAAAGUAUUUAAAACUGUCAUUUCUCUUUUCAGCUUGAAUAUAAAAUGACGCCGCCAAAAUCCCCGGGAAUUUGCCCAAUAUGCCAAAUCCCGUACAACUACUUAGGCAAACAUCUGGCGAGCCGGCACUCCAUCCUGAAUAAAAAAGAAAAAAGAAUUUUGAUUAACUAUGGGACAGGGAGGGUAAAUUUCCGCCACUUGCCCUGUCCCAUUGUGGCAUGUGGCUAUUCAAAGAGCAGGGUAGAUAGGCACCUGGACACAGGCCAUCCCGAGGUGGACGAUGGAGAACUCCAGAAAAUUAUUAAAAAAAUUAAAAAACAGGUGACCAUGGAUGCCUUAAGGGCCCUCAGGGCUACUGACCCCACCCCUCCUCUGGUCUCAGGCCUGGACCUCGGACAGGAGGAAAAUCAGCCAGGAACUGAGGUGUCCAAGCCGGAUCCUCCAACCUGCCCCAGCUGCUCUAAAAUGGCAGAAGAAAACAGGAGGCUUUGGAAGCAGCUUCGGACAAAGGAGAAGUGGCUAAAAAAGGCAAAAGCUAAACUCCACGCAUUUGAAACGCAGGCCCUCCAAAAGACGAGCGGUGGGGGGCCUGUCGAGGCAGACCAGGGGUCAUCCGAACAAGUGGACCCCCCAGAAGAUGAGGAUGAAGACUCAUCCUCUGAGGAGCCAAAGAAGGCUGCAAAAUCGCGAUUCCCAUUGAGGGGAUUCAAAGAUUUUCCUCAACCCAUCCUGGAGUUCAUGGAGGAGUACUGGUUACACUUGAGGGGGUCCAUCGGGACCAAAAAACACGUGGAAAACCAGAAGUCCAAAUUGGGACGGGUAAUGUCCUUCCUUAGAUUUGUGAACAAGGGAAGGACAAUACUCCCCAAUUGGACUUUUCUGCAGGACCUUGAUCGAGUUCAUCAGUGGCCGGCGAAGCUCCUCAGAGAGGGGAAGGCAGAAAACACCACUAGGAAUUACCUCCUGAAUGUGAUGGAGUUCGCGGGCUACUUUCGGGACACGCCACCAAGCACCUCGCGUGUCCCGAAAAAGGCAGUGAUUGGCCUCCUAAGAGCAGUGUCCGCUGAUAUUAAAGAGCUUAAGAAAUGGGUCAACGUCCGCCAGAUAAUGGUCAAAAAGCGCAAGAUCAGAAGGGUGAUUGCCAAGGAGGACCUCAGGAGGUGUCAGAGGCAGGCGUGCAGGAAAAUCCCCCAACUGCUCGACACCAUCCAGACUGACCCCAGCUCACUCAACAUACGCCGGUUCUAUGGCUACUUUGGCGUAUACCUCGCCAGUAUAUAUGGCCAUAGAACCGGCGUGUUGACCAAUAUGACCCUGGCCGAAGUGGACGAGGCGCGGGUUGACGCCAGGACCGCAGACCAGGGCUUUGUCAUUAACGUGAAAGAGCACAAGACAAAUCGGGCUUUUGGGCCAGCCCAAGUGUACCUCACAGUGGAGGAGUUUGGAUGGCUGGAGCAGUGGCUCCAAAUAAGGGAAACCCUUCAGCCAUCCACUGACCUGGUAUUUUUCAACGAGAACUACCAGAAGAUCAAGAACCUACAACAACACCUCCAGAGCGCAUGGGCAGAAAUGGGGUUAUCAGGUUCCCCCACAUUUACAGAUUUUAGGACCUCGAUAGCAACAUAUGCUAGAGAUGCAUUGUCCCCGGGAACCCGGACAAAGGUCAGCAAAACGAUGUGCCAUGACACCGCCACAGCGGAGAAAUUCUACGCAAUGCACCAGACAGCUACACAGCUGUCUGAGCUGCGUAAGAGGUUCCAGGAGGCUACGGACCCGGCAGUCUCAGGUCCCGGGAAAGUGGCGGAGCCUGUCAUCCUGGAGUCUUCCAGUGAUGAGGGAGAAGGCGAGGGUCCUGUGAAGAAGAAGAGGAGAGUAGCACCCAGGGUUGGUUCCACAAGCCAGGAGUCCCCAGAGGCCCAGGCAGAGUCCACGGAGGCCCAGGCAGAGUCCACGGAGGCCCAGGCAGAGUCCCAGGCAGAGUCCCAGGCAGAGUCCCAGGCAGAGUCCCAGGAUGAGUCCCAGGAUGAGUCCCAGGACACACAGAGGAAAAGGGGCCGACAAAGUUUGUCAUUCACACCAAAAAGAAGCCCCUUAAUGCUAUACAGGUUGCGGGAGCGACAGCGGCGGAGCACACCGCGUGUGUUUCGCCUGAGGGCCAGACAAAGAAAGUUCCAAUAGUUAUUUAUUUAUUGUUCUUUGUAAUAUAGUUAUUUAAUUCUUGAUAAUGGUGUUAUAUUUUUUGUAAAUAAAUGUAAAUAUUGUUUAA